GAAAUCCUUUUUUUGUUUGUAUGAAGUGAGAUUUGUGCAUGCUAAAUAUUUGGGACUAGCUAGCUUUUUAGCUAACUAAAUUAAAACCAAAAUGUCCCGGGGCUCAAGUGCAGGUUUCGAUCGUCACAUCACCAUCUUCUCUCCAGAGGGUAGACUCUACCAAGUUGAGUAUGCUUUCAAGGCCAUAAACCAAGGUGGUCUCACGUCAGUAGCAGUCAGAGGUAAAGACUGUGCAGUAGUCGUCACACAGAAGAAAGUACCAGACAAGCUGCUGGAUUCCUCCACAGUCACUCACCUGUUCAGGAUAACGGAGAACAUCGGCUGUGUGAUGUCAGGGAUGACAGCGGACGGCAAGUCCCAGGUCCAGAGAGCACGCUACGAGGCAGCAAACUGGAAUUACAAGUACGGUUAUGAGAUCCCAGUGGACAUGCUAUGUAAGAGGAUCGCUGACAUCUCUCAGGUGUACACACAAAAUGCUGAGAUGAGGCCACUGGGAUGCUGCAUGAUAGUGAUAGGUGUGGAUGAUGAGUGUGGUCCCCAGGUGUACAAGUGUGACCCUGCUGGAUACUACUGUGGCUUCAAGGCCACCGCUGCAGGGGUCAAACAGACAGAGGCAACCAGCUUCCUGGAGAAGAAAGUUAAAAAAAAACUUGACCUGACCUUUAAAGAAACUGUCGAGACCGCCAUCACCUGUCUGUCAACAGUCCUGUCCAUUGAUUUCAAGCCCUCUGAGCUGGAGAUAGGAGUCAUCGCAACAGAAGACCCUAAAUUCAGGAUUCUGACAGAGUCUGAGGUGGACACCCACCUGGUGUCCCUAGCGGAAAGAGAUUGAGCCCAGAAAAACUACAGAGAGGCCCAGAGAGGUGUGUAAGGCCCAGUCAGAGAAUUGUGGGAUUUGUAGUCCCCAAAUUGAAGAAUGGUGUUAAUCCUUGUUUACUGUAUACUUGCCCCCUGUUCCAUUAAACAUUUUUCCAAGUAAAAUA